UAAAAAUAAGAAGGACAUCAUUAAUGAGAAAGAGAAACUGUGAACCAGUGUGACAUUAAAGAAACUUACUUGGGAAGUCCAGUUUGGUUUGCAGCACAAAGCUUUAUAUUUAGUUUGAAAUCAGACGUCAGGCGGCAUACUUCCUCUCAACAAGAAGUUUCCUGAAUGUAACAGUCGUACUAAACGAUUAACUGCAACCAACACGCACAAGGGAAGUCAUACUUGCUUCUUGAGGCAGAGCAACAACCAUUCAUCAAACAACAAUUCACAACCAUGAAUGUUUCCAAUCCAAUGGAUGAAGACACAUUGGCCAUGUUUGACAACAAAUUAGCCAGUGAUAUUGUCUCAGCCAUCUAUAUCGUUGUGACUCUGGCCAACCUCAGCGGUAAUGGUGUCUCUCUGUAUCUACUGUUGAUGCGUACCUCUCCGAAGACUUCCUCCAUCAUCUUCAUGAUCAACCUCACUCUCACUGACCUGGUCCUGGGCACUGUGCUCCCCUUUCAGAUUGUGUACCAAAUGCAGGGCUACAACUGGACUUUGGGCACUAGGAUGUGCAACGUCCUGACAGUAGUAUUCUACGCCAACAUGUAUUGCUCUAUUUUGUCCAUGACUGCCAUUAGCGCUGACCGUUACCUGGGCAUUGUGAAACCAAUGCGCUUCAGAGAAAUGAGGGGGGAGAAAGUGUACGGAGUUGUCACAUGUCUAUUUAUGUGGGUGUUGGUCCUCGCGAUUCUAAGCCCAUUGGAAAUUGCAGACUUGACAUUUCCUGUACGGGAGCGCAAUAUUACCACAUGUUUUGAUGUGUUAAGGAAGGACAUGCUCCCAACUACUGCUCACUGGGCAGCUUUCCUGUUCGGCAUGUUCAUCAUUCUCUUCCUCUGUCCAUUCAUUAUAACAGUGUAUUGCUAUAUUAACAUUAUCUGUGUGCUGGUGAAAAAAGCCAAUAGUCAACAGAAAGGCCGCGCUGUGCGCCUGGCAUGCACUGUCCUGUUUGUGUUCAUUUUUUGUUUUGCUCCGAAUAACAUACUACUCUUGGCACACUCAAUUAAAAGACUAUACUAUGGAAAAUCUCUCUAUAUCUACUACAAGCUCUCCCUUUCUCUUAGCUGCAUUAACAGUUGCAUUGAUCCAUUUAUUUAUUAUUUUGCCUCCAAAGAGUUCCGUCGAAAGCUAAGGCAAAUGCUGCAGUUGAAGACUCUUAGCAUAGUAGAGACUCAGAUGAUUGAGGGUCAUAGAGAGAGCUUUUUCUCUGGUCGCUCAACGUGCAACGCACAUGAAGACUGUGACAAUUUUUAAAGGUAAGGUGUGUAAUUUCUUUUAAAUGUUGAAAUAGUUUCUCUUUUCCCAGGUUAUUAUGCAAAGCAUACUAAAAGUAAGGGAUUUGUAGUAUCAUUUCCCUGAAAAGUGUAAACACCGUGGCUCUAUCAAAACAUUGCUCUGUUUGCAUGAGCAUCCCAACUAGCCAGACAUAGCAACAUUGGCUCAACCAGUGGCAUGCGUUUGGGGAGGGACCAUCUGUUUUUAUGAUUAGUGGAAGAUGGGGGAGUGUUCUGGAAAUCUAAAGGAAAGCCAUGGAACUGACAAACCUCACCUUUUACAUUUUUUUGUUUACAUGUUAUUUUUGGCCUUUGCCACUUAGAGAAAGAAAACAAGAUUGUUGGGAAUUAUCAUAAGGCAGAUUUGAACCUACUUUAGAGCGCCACUCCUAAAUGUGUCAGAGCACUGUUAUUUAGACUCAUAAGAAUGAUAACUUCCCAUUAUUUCUUUCUUGUUGUUUUGUAGCAUCAUGCUUUUGUUGUUUUGAUUUCCUGGCUGAUCAGCUGAGGAAAAGUGUGCAGCUCACAUGCCUUUUCAAAACACAGCGUGUGACGUUUGUGUCUCUUGAAAACCAUCCUCCUAUCUUUGUAAAGCUUAAAUACCCUGUUUUAUGAUUAUACUUUAGAGACAAUUUUUAGUACUGGCAAGGUCUGAUUGCUAAAAGUAAAAUGAAUGAA